CGGCUGCCGCGGGCGGGCGGCGCCGUGCCGCCAUGCCGCCCUCCGCGAUGCCGCUGCUGCUUCUGCCGCUGCUGCUGGCGGCGCUGGCGGUGCCCGCCCCGGGCACGGCGGCGGCGGCGGCGGCGGCGGGCUGCGGGCCCUGCGAUCCGGCGCGGUGCCCGGCGCUGCCGGCGCGGGGCUGCCCGCUGGGCCGGGUGCGGGACGGCUGCGGCUGCUGCUGGCAGUGCGGGCGCGGCGAGGGCGAGGCGUGCGGCGGCGGCGGCGCUGCCGGGGGACGCUGCGCCCCCGGCCUCGAGUGCGUGAAGAGCCGGCAGCGCCGCAAGGCCAAGGGCGGCCCGGUGCCCCCCGCCGCCGGCCCGCCCGGCGUGUGCCUCUGCAAGAGCCGCUACCCGGUGUGCGGCAGCGACGGGCUGACGUACGGCAGCGGCUGCCAGCUCCGCGCCGCCAGCCUGCGCGCACAGAGCCGCGGCGAGCCCGCCAUCAGCCAGCGCAGCAAGGGAGCCUGCGAGCAAGGACCCUCCAUUGUGACUCCUCCUAAGGACAUCUGGAAUGUGACAGGAGCUCAAAUCUACCUGAGCUGUGAAGUCAUUGGCAUCCCGACCCCUGUCCUCAUCUGGAACAAGAUAAUUCGAGGACAGUAUGGUGUCCAGAGGAUGGAGCUUCUGCCUGGGGACCGGGAGAACUUGGCUAUCCAGACCCGUGGGGGCCCUGAGAAACAUGAAGUGACUGGCUGGGUGCUGAUAUCUCCUCUGAGCAAAGAGGAUGCUGGGGAAUAUGAGUGCCAUGCAUCAAAUGCCAAAGGAGAGGCAACAGCUUCUGCAAAAAUCCACGUUGUGGAAACUCUGCAUGAAAUAGCCCUGACCAAAGGUUGAUGAUGGUGCAGAGCUGUGAUGUGAGGACUUGCACUUACGCACAGUUUUAAAUUAGUAUUUUGGAAAGCUGCAAGCUCUGGCUUUUUCUAGCUGACUAAUCAGUCCCUCUUAACUCCCUUUUUCUUUGAGUCCCAAUUUGCUUGCACACUUCUUUGACAGAUACACAAAUAGAUUCACAAGCUCGAUUACAAAUUUUAAUUCUAUUUACAGGAAAUAAACAUACUUUUGAACAGCA